AUGGCUGCUAGGACCACCCUAUCUUAUGACGAUUACACGGUCGGAUGGGUAUGCGCCCUGCCGCUGGAAAUGGCCGCUGCGAAGCUGAUGUUGGACGUAAUCCAUCCAAGCCUGCCGAGUCUACCAACCGACCAGAACAACUACAUGCUUGGCAAUAUCGGGGAACACAACAUCGUCAUUGCCUGCCUACCAGGUGGCGCAUAUGGCACUAUAUCAGCUGCAACAGUGGCGAUGCAGUUGCUUUCGAGCUUCCAUUCUAUCCGCUUCGGUCUAAUGGUCGGUAUUGGUGGUGGUGUACCAAGCAGCACUGCAGAUAUUCGACUCGGCGAUAUUGUGGUGAGCCAGCCAAGGGACACAUCUGGAGGCGUGAUCCAAUACGAUCUUGGGACAAUGUUGCACAACGGUGGAUUUCAGCGGACCGGAAUGCUGAACCGGCCUCCGAAGGUUCUACUGACUGCUCUUGCCACGCUACAAGCCCACCAUCUUAUAGAAGAUAGCCGGGUUCAUGAAUUUAUUUCAAACAUCGAUGUUAAGACACCACAGCGUAAAGCCGCGAAUUUCACUCGGCCUAUUUAA